AUGGCGGAUAAUACGUUAGAAUGUGAAGAGAAACAAGAGGUUGGUACAUCUCCUAAACAACUUCGGUGUCGAUUUCAUGACACAGAAGAUUACUCGAUAUUUUGCAAAGAUUGUAAGGACUUCAUGUGUUUCAAAUGCCUCGGACAGUUACACCAAAAGCACGAUUUGAGUCAAUUGCAAGAUGCCGAGGAAGAUAUUCGUAAAGAAAUCAAGGUUCAGUUGUUUGAGAACAAAUAUUCAAAUCAAAUUUCUGCACUGAGUGAUAAACUCUCGCAGAACAGGAAAAAGCUUGCACAGAGCGAGGAACGUUUAAAAAAUGAAAUUAGAACUAGUGUAGCACAAAUUAAACAAAACAUCGUCUUGUCAGAGGAAAACCUUUUGUCAGAAUUAUGUAGUACAUUCGAAAGCAGUCAAACAACCCUACAAGAUGAAGAAAUACAUAUCAAUUAUUUACAGAAUGAAAUUGACAAUUUUGAUGUUAAUAAGCUUCAUGAAUAUACUGUUAGUCAUAUUACAAAUAUUUUGUCUGCAAUGAAGUUAUGCUCCUCAAUGUAUGAUGAAACUAAUAAGCAACCAAUACCUGGAUUCGCACCAACGAUGGAAUUUUCAAUUGGAAAAUUAGUUCAAAAGACAAGUGGGAGUUGUGACGCUUGUGUAUUCCCAUUGCCAUCUUUUUCAAAUAUAUCAACACAAACAGACUAUUUCGAAGAUUCAGAUACUGAAUGGUUUGAUGCUGAAGACAGAGAGGAAGAUAAUGUAGAAGAAAGCUCAUCAGAUGAAAUUACAGAGGAGUAUCCGAUAAAGUUACAAAUGAACCAAGAUAUAAAACUUAUUUCGAAAAUAGUUCCAAUAUCUGAAAAAAACGCUUGGAUAAUUUCGGACCGGAAGUUGUUUAAAAUUGUCGAUCAUAAACUGCAGGAAGAUGUGUACGCAGAGACAGCUGAUGAUAUUGCUAUUUUAAAAGAUGGCUGUGUCUUGGUUCUCCGUAAUGAUAAAACAUUUAUUAUGAAACUCCUUCCAAAUAGAAAACUAGUAAGCUUUGCAGACGUCGGUACCAUUAAUUAUUUUCCAUAUUGCAUUUCCAUAAGAGAUAAUAUAGUAGUAAUAUAUCUUUGGUAUCUUUCACACCAAAACGGUUUUAUUAGCAGAAACAAUAUCAUUUGGAUGAACACAGAUGGAAUAGUAACUAAGAGUUCAUUAUUUUCUGAAAGUGGUAGGAGGCGACCAUGCUCAAUACAAAAUUUAGAAUUGGGUUUGUGUGUCUUACAUCGUUUCAACAUUGGACCUAAUUUUCAUUCUUUAGAGCUUUUAGAUGCAAAAUCUGAUAAAUGUAACAUACUUUAUGUUUUCACGGGGAUAUAUGGGAUGAAUCCACAGAAAAAUUUUGAAUGUAGAGGAAUGUGCGCCGAUAACGCUGGGAACAUGUUAGUAUCUGAUCAUCGACACCAUAGCGUGUAUGUACUUGACAAAGAAUUGAAGUACAAAAACAAAUUAUACGAUUCAAAAAACGGACUUGACAAAACAAGGGCCAUCAAUCUUUUGAAUGACCUUAUUUGGGUUGCUGACGGAAAUCAGAUAUUCAUUUUCCCGUAUGCACAUGAAUAA